GCCGCCCACCCGCGCGCCCCGCCCGUCGGCGGGUCGUCAGCCAAUGAGCGGCGGAGCGGAGCGUGAGGCUGUGCGGGGCUAAGGUGGAUGGCGGGGUUUCUCUGAGGCGGAGCUUCGGCGCGUUGGGGAGGCAGGCGGGCGGGCGGCCAGGGAGGGCUGUUGUCCCCCGGUCCCUAGGAGCCAGCGACGCCGAGCGCCUGCGGGCUGGGCUGGGCGGCGCGAUGCCGGUCCACUCGCGGGAGAAGAAGGAGAACAACCACGACGAGAUGGAGGUGGACUACGGGGAGAACGAGGGCAGCAGCUCCGAGGAGGAGGAGUCCGAGAGCUCGUCCGUGUCCGAGGAGGGUGACAGCUCAGAAAUGGACGAUGAGGACUGUGAAAGAAGAAGAAUGGAGUGUUUGGAUGAGAUGUCCAAUCUUGAAAAACAAUUUACAGACCUCAAAGACCAACUUUACAAAGAGAGAUUAAGCCAAGUGGAUGCAAAACUGCAGGAGGUCAUUGCGGGAAAGGCACCAGAGUACUUGGAACCGCUGGCAGCUCUGCAAGAAAACAUGCAAAUCCGAACAAAAGUGGCAGGUAUCUACAGAGAGCUCUGUUUAGAGUCCGUGAAAAACAAAUAUGAAUGUGAAAUCCAAGCUUCCCGCCAGCACUGUGAGAGUGAAAAGCUCUUGUUGUAUGACACAGUUCAAAGUGAACUGGAAGAGAAAAUCAGACGACUUGAAGAAGACCGACAUAGCAUUGACAUUACCUCAGAGUUAUGGAAUGAUGAACUUCAGUCUAGGAAAAAAAGGAAGGAUCCCUUCAGUCCCGAUAAGAAGAAACCGGUUGUUGUAUCAGGACCCUAUAUAGUGUACAUGCUGCAAGAUCUUGAUAUACUUGAAGACUGGACCACAAUAAGAAAGGCAAUGGCUACUUUGGGGCCACAUAGAGUGAAAACAGAACCCCCUGUCAAGUUGGAAAAACAUGUACACAAUGCAAGAUCUGAAGAUGGAAGGCUGUAUUAUAAUGGGGAGUGGUACGGACGUGGACAAGCGAUAUGUAUCGAUAGGAAAGAUGAAUGCCCUGUAAGUGCCAUAAUUACAACAAUUAACCAUGAUGAAGUGUGGUUUAAGAGGCCUGAUGGAAGCAAAUCCAAACUGUAUAUUUCUCAGCUACAGAAAGGAAAAUAUUCAAUCAAGCAUAAUCACAACUGACCGUUAAACCAACCAGACAGUGUUAUCCUGCUAGAUGUGCCAUGAGAUGAAAGAUGUAUUUACUAUUUGUUCUCAUCUAUUUUGUGUGGCAGUAUCUGUGUAUUUGUAGUAGUGUCAGUAAUCUUCAUACAAACGUCUUAGAAUAAGUGACACAUAAUCAUGUCGACCAUGACGUCUUGCCUCUAAUUCGGCUCCAGCGUCUCAGAUAGAAAACGUUAACCUUUUGGAGAGCCUGAGAACAUCUGACUAAGCCUGCAGUCCUACAAAGCUAUGUGCAUGCAUGGGGGAGAAUGGCGCAUGCAGCUGCUUGGGGUCUUUUAAGUUUCUUUUGCAGCUGCUUGCCUGGCUCAAUGUGUGAGCCAAUUUUAAAACUGCCUAUUGAGCUGCUGGGGGAAGUGAGAGGAUGCUGCAGAAAGACACCACCUGGGCACAUUUUUGGUUCUUCACCACAUGGCACACUAGCUUCUAAGACUGUAGUCUAAAUCCACUUGUAUAAAAUGGGAAAGAAGUGCUAUUUAUAUAUAUAAAAAAAUGAAUGGAUCAUGUGAUGAUUGUGAUGUCUAUCACUACAUAUAUAAGAACUCCUUGAAUUUUAGAAAACAUGUCAUGUUUGUCUUGCAAACCUAUGUUAGGUUGCGCAAAUGUUACUUUGAUGUAGCCUAAUGGAAAAGUAUACUUAGAUGGGCAACUGGGAAAAAGUGGAGUCCCCCCCCCCCCCGCCAAACAGUUAUCCUAGCUGGGUUACUUCAGAAAAACUGUUACUGAUUUCUAUUAAAACUAACACCAUUGGGGGGUGGGAAAUCAGUGCAAAAGCAAAUGAUACUUUCCGUUUCUCUAGUAUUAAGUCCCCUCUCCAAAGGUCAAGAGUGCCUGUUCUGAAAAUGGUAAACCGAUAACCAAAAGUAUUGCUGCAUAUAGCUCUGUAAUUAAAUGUAUCCGUAGUCCAAUGAUGUGUAAUCCUUUAAAAUUGUACCCUGGGCAGAAACAAUGGUGUUUGCUGCUUAACAACCUCAAGAAGUUAGCAUUUGUAAGCUUAGCAUCAGGAGUGAGAUCUUUUAGUUUUACCUUACAUGUUCGACAGUGGAACAAACGUCCUCAGAAGGUGGUGGACUUCCAUGGAGUGUUUUUUAAAGCAGAGGUUGGCUGGCCACCUGUUAUGGGUGUUUUAGCUGAGAUUCCUGUAUUGCUGGGGAUUUGACCCCAGGGUCCCAUCCAGCUCUGCAAUUCUAUGAUUCUGUGUUGGAGGCGUGAGCUGUGACUGGGUGGAAGGAGGAGGAGAUGUUACUUGGUGGUUUUGUGCACUUUACUAUCCAUUGAGAUGAGCCUUUGAAGGAAGUCUGCAUCUGAUGGAAAAGGCUGCCAAAAGUGUUUUUAUGUUCUAGGUUGGACUGGUGCUAAAUCUGGAAUCUUAACAUGCAACCCCUCUCUAUUUCAAGUCCUCAAUUAAAACCCCUAUGUGUAAAAUAAAUUAAUCAGUGUGUUUGCAGUACUCUAGUCUCAUCCCAGCAAGCAAAUAUCAUGGUGGGCCUGGAUGGGCAGUUUAAGGGAGACUGCUCUACUUGAAAAUAGCAUCCCGUGGAAAAAUCAACUCUUAGGCCCAGAAGCUUGCCUGAAUCAACUGCUCAGCCAAAGGAAAAGGGUGUUAUCCAAAGCAGCGCUAAGUAGUAACUUACUCCAUCAGCAUAAGGAUUUCUGCUUGAGUGGAACUUUCCCCACAGCCCCUCCCAUCUGUUCUAGGAGUUCUCACAACCCUCUGAAGUGGAUUUGUGGGGUGGGGAUGGUUCUGUUGCACAAGCAGAAAUCCUUGUGCUGAUGGGAUGCAUUAGUUGGAUGCUACCCCAAGUAUUUUUAUGUCUCAUCGUUCAAAUUUGAGCUUAAAGUGUAUUGGAAGUGAGGAGCCCUAAAGCUGGAUUCAAUAGGCAGGAUUCUGACAAUUUGCUCUUGUAAAUUCUUACCCUGUCGCCUCUUUUGCAUCCAGAGCUUUUUCAGCUCAGCCUAGCAGCAACAGCCUGCCUGAGCUCAGAGCAACGUACACUGAGACUAUUGUCUUCUUUUUAAAAAUAAAAAAUGAAGGAUUGGCAGCGUCGGCCUUUGCGCACUUCUGCAAGUUGGAAUCUCAUCUGUCCUUCAGUAUCAACAGGUGUGUGUUUUAAACGUGUGUGUGUGUGUGAACAUACAUGUACACACUAACCUUGCAGCAUCUGCAUUACCGUCCAAGCUGGGGCACUUGAGCAUUGCUGCAUGGAACCAUGGGAUGCCAGCCAUUGCUGCUUAAAUAACUAUUUCUUGUGUUCAUGUUACCGUGCUUCCACUAUGGCUGGUAAUAUGACACAUCUCCUCUGCGUUGGAAUUGUCUCUCACUUGCCAGUUUGAUUGAUUCUAGUUGCUGGGGCUCAGAAUAAAGUCUUAUCCUGGUUUAUAAACUGCUUUCAUGUGUAUGUGGAAAUGUAUUUACCGAUUAUGCGAAACCCAUUUGACUGUUGUCAAAAGUCUAUAAUCCCAGGCUUCUGAAAUUGGCCUGCAACAGUUGUCUUCUUACUCUGCAUGUCACACAUAUUAGCCAAAUGUAUAUAAAGUAAUUCUGACAGGUUGGCUUUUGACAAAACCUACUGUAUGUACACAGUUUGAUAAAGCUUUUUUUGUAAUGAGAUAUUUGUAUUUUUUAACCUAGUAUAUAAAUAAAUGAACCUGUCAUGGAGAAUCUGAA